GUGAGAGAAAGUUGGCCGCGGUGAGCGAACGAGUCCCGCGAGUUGAGCGGCGCGCGCCGCACCGACCCACUGUACGCGCGAUUUCGCCCUUGUAAAGUGUAAACAUACACUAGAUGCACAUGUAGUUAAUAUUGAAACAUUUUUUCGUGAAGCAACUUAACAUUUGUGAGAAUAAGUUAAAGUUUUUGCGGAGAAGCGUAGACUUUUUAUAAUUUUUUUAAAAACUCUACUAUAUUUAUAAAAGGAACAAUGCAGUGCUACCCGAAGCUGUCGCCGAAACGCGAGCCUCCGGAGCACGACUAUGAAAUAGACAUGAUGAUGGGUGGUGCUAGGAGACUGGAGUUACCAGCGCCUCCGGGUAAGGAGUUCCGCGCGCCGUGCUUGCUGCCGGCGCCGGCGCCUCCGCCGCCACCCACGCACUCGGUGAUCCAGUGCAUGCGACCACCGCCUCCGCCACCACCACAGCCGCGUCUCCACAAGCCGCCAAUCUUCGAGGAACCUUCUAGCUCCAUUCCUGAUCUAGAGUUCGAUGGUACCACUGUGCUGUGCCGCGUUUGCGGAGACAAGGCGAGUGGAUUCCAUUACGGAGUGCAUUCUUGUGAGGGCUGCAAGGGCUUCUUUCGCCGCUCCAUACAACAAAAGAUCCAGUACAGACCCUGCACCAAAAACCAGCAGUGCUCCAUCUUAAGAAUUAACAGAAAUCGGUGUCAAUACUGCCGAUUGAAGAAAUGCAUCGCUGUCGGAAUGAGCAGAGAUGCUGUACGAUUUGGGCGUGUACCAAAACGUGAAAAGGCCCGAAUCUUAGCGGCGAUGCAACAAUCUUCAUCGUCCCGGGCGCAAGAGCAAGCAGCGGCGGCAGAGUUAGAUGAUGCCCCGCGAUUGCUAGCACGAGUUGUACGCGCACAUCUCGACACCUGCGAGUUCACCCGCGACCGCGUGGCCGCCAUGCGUGCCCGCGCUCGCGACUGUCCCACCUACUCUCAACCCACUUUGGCGUGUCCUCUGAAUCCAGCGCCGGAGCUUCAGUCUGAGAAAGAGUUCUCUCAGCGAUUUGCCCACGUGAUCCGCGGCGUGAUUGACUUCGCGGGCCUUAUACCUGGAUUCCAACUACUUACGCAAGAUGACAAAUUCACAUUGCUAAAGAGUGGACUUUUUGAUGCUCUUUUCGUGCGUCUUAUUUGUAUGUUUGACGCUCCUCUUAAUAGUAUAAUAUGUCUCAAUGGACAGCUCAUGAAGCGAGACUCCAUCCAAAGUGGAGCGAAUGCACGGUUCCUUGUGGAUUCUACUUUUAAGUUUGCUGAACGCAUGAAUUCUAUGAAUCUGACAGACGCUGAGAUAGGCCUCUUUUGCGCCAUAGUUCUGAUCACACCGGACCGACCAGGUCUUCGCAAUGUGGAAUUAGUAGAAAGAAUGCACGCAAGACUGAAAGCGUGUCUUCAGACUGUCAUUUCGCAAAACAGGCCAGACAGACCCGGCUUUCUUCGGGAAUUAAUGGAUACUCUUCCAGAUCUACGCACUUUGAGUACGCUUCAUACAGAGAAGUUGGUAGUGUUCCGUACAGAACAUAAGGAGUUGUUAAGGCAGCAAAUGUGGGGAGAUGAAGAAGGAUGCUCAUGGGCAGACUCAGUUGCAGAAGAAUCCGCUCGUAGUCCAAUUGGCUCAGUUUCUAGUAGUGAAUCCGGCGAAGCGAUGGGCGAUUGUGGUACUCCCUUACUAGCAGCAACACUUGCUGGACGCCGAAGGCUUGAUUCCCGGGGUUCUGUUGAUGAAGAAGCGCUCGGUGUAGCUCAUCUAGCUCAUAAUGGUCUUACAGUUACGCCUGUGCGACCCCCACCACGUUAUCGUAAAUUGGAUUCCCCAACUGACUCUGGAAUCGAGUCUGGUAACGAGAAACAUGAAAGAAUCAUCGGACCCGGUUCGGGCUGCUCAAGCCCACGAUCCUCUUUAGAGGAACAUAUGGAGGACAGACGACCAACUGCCCCAGCAGACGAUAUGCCUGUUUUGAAACGUGUCUUGGAAGCGCCACCAUUGUUUGAUACACCCUUACUUAUGGAUGAAGCGUACAAGCGACACAAAAAGUUUCGUGCUAUGCGUCGCGAUACGGGCGAGGCCGAAUGUCGGCCCGUGCAACUCACGCCAUCUCCUCAACCACCUCAACAUCCGCAUCCGGCGAGCCCAUCACACCCGGCUCACUCGCCGCGGCCGCUGCGCGCAUCUCUUUCUUCAACACAUUCAGUGCUGGCUAAGAGUCUAAUGGAAGGCCCGCGCAUGACACCUGAACAGUUAAAGCGCACGGACAUCAUCCAACAGUACAUGCGCCGCGGAGAGAUAGCUGCGGCUGGCGCCAGUUCUGCGAGCGAGGGAUGCCCGCUGCGCGCGGGCGGUCUGCUCACGUGUUAUCGCAGCGGCUCGCCGGCAGUGCCCGAGCCGGUGCUGGAACUGCAAGUGGACGUAGCGGAUGCGCCGUUAAACCUCUCCAAAAAGUCACCGUCGCCGCCGCGCUCCUAUAUGCCCCGGAUGCUGGAAGCGUGAGGCCGGCCUGCGGAGCCGUACGUCUCCGCUACCCCACCCCGACCUACGUUAAAUUAAAUAAACUAUGUAGUUAAUAAUCGUUCGCAAAUUGGUUUAAUAUAUUAUAUGUGAUAAUUCGUUUAAGACGCGUGUGUGAGGGGCCGGUGCCGGACGAGGAGAGCGCAAUAGACUGAAAAAUAAUUUAAGACUAUAUAAGUAUAAUUUAUAAUGCAAUGCAGCGCCGGUCGCGGUGUGUUUGUGUGUGUAUUGUAUGUGCGUAUGUGAGCGUGCUCAGUCAUUUGUUUGUUAAUAUAAUGACAGGUUGUCGAAUUAAAAUUAAAAAAACUUGUAAAAAUUA